AUGGCAAUCGAUUUACCCGUCAGGUUAACCGACGAUGGCUCCUGGAUUGUCCGUGUCGCCGGAAAUGAUGAUUAUUCUUUCAACAUUUACGUGAAAACUCCUACUCAUCACUUUACUCUCACCCGCACCACGGAAGAAAUCAGUGAUCUUCACGCAAAACUGCACGAAGCAUACCCAAGCAUACCAUUGCCCCCUCUUCCUGAGGCCAUCCGCACCAAGCGCCGGGAAUCAUUUCAGACUUUGAGUCGGUUCGGGCGUCACAAGGAUAAGGACCUGGGCUCAAUCACCCCUACUAAAGAAGAACCCGACCCCUUGACUGACCUUAGCUCUGAUGGGAACGUGAACGCUCUCCUUGAAUACCUCACUACACUAGCGAACCACCCGACGUUUCGGACGUCGAGGCCAUGGAGACGGUUCGCGCGCGACCGUGCUGAAGAUUUUCAGUCAACAAGAGUUGAACACCAGAUCAAGCGAGUCAGGUCCGACCUCGCCGCACGUACCACGCGCCUCGAUUCGGUUCCACAAUUGCCUCCACUCCUCAGCGGCGACCCGACGGAUCCAUUCCUUACACAAGAUGGGGACCGCAUGAGUUUGAAGACAAUUGAGGUUGAUGAGGAAGUAGUGCCUGCUGCCACUUCACCUGGGGCUCAAGAUGGUAUCUCUGUGGAGGGGCCGCUGUUGCCGGAGGUAGCUCCCAAACCCCCUGAAACGAAGGAGCAGACAGGUAAAAUAACUAUCCAGCCUGAUGCCGUUGGUGUCGAUGGCACUCUCAUAUCCCCUGCUAUGCCACCCAGAUCCCCAAAGAACCCUAUCGCUGUUCCCUCCGAAGCGGAGUUAAGAUCAACUUCAACCCACCCAACUCCAGUUUCCUUUCCUUCGCACAGUCUUAUGGACUCGCUGGUGCAAACACGCCAUUCCCAUACCCUCUCACCGGUUAUCUUUGAGCCCAAAUCGUCCAGCUCAUCUUGGCAUCUUGUGUCCGUGCAACAAGUAGACACUGCAUCUGUCCUCAUCGAGGAACUUAGGCGGGAGUUCGAUGUCCGGGAUCUUAGUGGCCAAUUUCCACAGAAGGACCAUAAUCUCAUUGCUAGAGGAGGGUACUCAGAAGUGUUUUGCAAUUACUGGAGGCCUCGCGCCGGAGUCGAUCUAAUCCCUGUAUGCUAUAAAGUGCUUCGUCCGCCUAUUAGUACGCUCUCGGCAGCAAUCCAACACACUAGGAAAGCUGUGAAGCAUCUAAGAAGAGAAAUGAGGGUUUGGAAAGAUCUCGAGCACCCUAACAUCGUUGGAUUUAUUGGUUAUGCGAUAGAGCAGGGAGAUUUUGGAGUUACUACUGCCCUAGUGUCGCAAUGGUGUGCGAACGGCAAUGUUGUCAUGUACCUACAGCAGAAUCCUGCGGUAGAUCGUGAGAUGCUGGUAUUCGACGUAGCUCAGGGGCUGCUAUACCUCCACAGUCACAAUCCCAUUAUCAUUCAUGGAGAUCUGAAACCGCUCAACAUCCUAAUCAACGACGCGGGACAUGCACAGCUGUGUGAUUUUGGAUUAUCUCGAAUCCUUGACGGCCUUCCGACGGGACAAACAACUUCUAUCCAAGGAGGAACACCCCGAUUCCUAGCACCAGAAUUAUUAGGGUUCUCUGAGGAAGAUUUGCCUCCCACCGCACAGAGCGACGUCUACGCUUUUGGGUGUACGUGUAUACAAAUUCUCUUUGAUUGUCCCCCGUACCACUGGUUGAGGAAGGAUAUUGACAUUUUGAAGGCAAUUGAACGCCAAAUUGCUCCUUGGAGCUGGUCCGACAAGCCCCUUGAGCAACUAUUGGCCUCUUGCUGUUCAGCAAGUACGGCCCGUCCCUUAAUGUCUCAGAUAGUUGCCUUCUGGUCCACCUGACCCCUCAUAGCUCAGACUACCAGCUUGCAUGCCAAACAAGCGUUCCACUCAGGUGGGAUCGAGUCGCGCAAGUGUCAGUCCCACGACUCUUACCGUUGACGCCACCUCAGCUUCGACUCUGUUUCCAUAUAUCGAUUCUAUUCGUCGUGUCCGUUCUAUUCUUACAUUAUGCUAGUCCUUGGCAGUGGGACAGCUAUGUAAUACACUUGUUGUUCGCCUAGUCCUUGUCUGUAUACUACUACUUGGCCCGAUGUAGUCAUCCGAGAUCUGACUCGAAUCUCAAUCGUUGACGGCUGUUGACCGCCGUCAG